GGGCGUGGUUAGUGGCAUUGAAGCAGAGUGUCAUGUCGGCUUCCGUGAAACUUGCUUCUCGGCUCGCAGUAAUCACAGGAGGAGGAAGUGGGAUUGGAAGAGCAGUAUGUCAGCGUUUUGCACAGGAAGGAGCAUCAGUUGUAAUUGCUGAUAUCAAUGAAGUCUCUGCCAAUGAAACACUGAAGUUGCUGUCACAUAACAACGAGGAUCAUAAGCAUUCAGCAUUCAUUGUAGAUGUGACAUCAAAGCGGAGUGUUGAACAGCUGUUCUCACAAAUACAGCUACGUUAUUUCCGACCUCCUUGUAUAUCUGUCAGUGCAGCAGGUAUAACCCAGGAUGAGUUUCUGAUAAAGCUAGAAGAGGAUGCAUUUGACAAAGUCUUACAGGUUAAUCUAAAAGGCACAUUCUUAGUAACACAGGCUUUAGCAAAGGCUCUUAUCUCCAGUGGCUUAUCUAAGGGCUCCAUCAUUAAUGUAGGAAGCAUAGUGGGCAAGGUAGGAAAUCUGGGUCAAGUUAAUUAUGCAGCUUCAAAAGCAGGGGUUGAGGGUUUGACAAAAACAGCUGCAAAGGAGCUAGGGAGGUAUGGUAUACGUUGCAACUGUGUCUUGCCUGGUUUUAUAUUAACUCCAAUGAUUGAAAAGGUUCCGCAGAAAUUGCUAGAGAAGUUUGCUGGAAUGGUGCCACUGGGGCGCUUAGGACAGGCAUCAGAUGUUGCAGAUGCAUGUGUUUUUCUGGCUUCAAAUGAGAGUCAAUAUAUAACUGGUGCAAGCCUAGAAGUGACAGGUGGUUUAUUUAUUGGAUAAGUGACUGGAAAGCUUCAUUAUAUGUUGGUGCAUAAGGAAGAAAGCACAAAUGAUUAAUACAAGUGGAUGGUAAAUAGCACAUUGAAUGUUCUUCUGGUAAUAAAAAUACAUGUUUACAAAUAAAAUGUAAA